UGUUACGCCCCUCAGCGAUCCCGUGAAGAGGAGCUGGGCCUGACACCGUGGAUGAAGCGCCGAGUACGGCAGAGGAGGGAAGGGGAGCUGGAUCCACCGGGCCGGAGCUCAGCGCGGAGACAGCUGCAGCAGGAGAGCCGGGCAGCCUCAGCCUCAGCCUCAGCCUCAGCCUCAGCGGCAGGAGCAGGAGGUCCGAUGGAGCCGGGCGACCUGAGUGUCAGGCUGGGCCUCGGCGCUGUGCUGCUGUCCGCUCUGGCGGUGCUGCUGGUGGGCGGCCUCACACUCCCGGGAGCCAUGUCGCAAGAAUUGCCGGAAAGGAGACCACUAAAACUUGAGAUGGAUCAAGCAAUUUUAAAAGUUUAUAAUGAGCUUCAUGAAGGCCUGGUAGUCUCCUGGCUAUCAGAUCACUGCUAUCAGUGUCUGUACCAGGAACUUGGAAAUGUACCUGCAGAAAAACAUAUAGGGCACCCUAAGAAUUCAACAUUUGCCAUUGACACAAAAUAUCCAGUAACAUUACAGGUGAACAGUAGUGUCGAUAAGGAAGUGUGCAGGGUGCAUGAAACCUUUGGUGAAUUUGGACAUUAUUCUUUAUGGGUGACCAAGGCAAACCUGAGUAAUGCGAGUGGACCAGUCAACUGUAAAAUCAUCAUUGACCAAGAAUCCAUUAGCAACAAGCUUCCUAUUUUAUAUGCAUUCCUUGCCUAUGGUGGAUUAGCCGUUUUGAUGUGUUUAGCACAGUUAAUAAUGGGGCUUAAUUCUGUCAGAAACCUGAUGUCCAGCCUUUCGUAUCGGGUUGAGAUGGAACGGCUAAUUAAUUCUGAGUUGGGAUCAACAAACCGUGUAACGGACAAUGCACCUCAUGGUAAUAUGGUGCCAGGACGCAAUCCGGGGUCCUACCGACUUCGUUCACUGGAUACUUUUCGAGGGCUGGCUUUGGUGAUCAUGAUCUUUGUUAACUAUGGAGGUGGGAGAUACUGGUUCUUCAAACAUGAAAGCUGGAAUGGAUUAACAGUAGCAGAUUUGGUGUUUCCAUGGUUUGUGUUUAUCAUGGGAACAUCGAUUGCCCUCUCCCUGAACUCAGCAUUGCAGGCUAACCACUCCAGGUGGAGACUGUUGGGUAAAAUUGCUUGGAGAACUGCAGCCCUAAUACUACUAGGCAUCUUUGUCAUCAACCCAAACUAUUGCAAGGGACCAAUUUCCUGGGAUACCCUGCGGAUCCCUGGUGUACUUCAGAGGCUGGGUCUUACCUAUGGUGUGGUUGCUGUCAUGGAACUGCUGUGUGGAAAAUGUUGGCCUGAAAUUCUCUUUUUGGAUAGCUGGUGGUCUCCAGUCAGAGAUGUUCUGAUCUACUGGCCCCAGUGGAUCAUGAUUCUAGUAUUGGAGUGCGCUUGGCUUUGCCUGACUUUCCUUUUGCCUGUACCUAAUUGCCCACGAGGUUAUCUUGGUCCUGGAGGAAUUGGAGACUUUGGACAAUUUGUUAAUUGUACUGGAGGAGCAGCAGGAUACAUUGAUCGGUGGUUGUUUGGAGAGAAGCACAUUUAUCAGCACCCUUCUUGCAAAAUACUUUAUCACACUACGGUGCCAUUUGAUCCAGAGAACUUGCUGGGACUAAUCAGUUCGAUUGUGAUGGCAUUUCUGGGAUUACAGGCUGGGAAGAUUUUCAUUAUUUACAAAGGUCAAAAUAAACAGAUUGUACUGCGAUUUUUUACUUGGAGUACACUGCUGGGUAUUGUUUCAGCCAUCCUGACAAAAUGUUCGAAAGACCAUGGUUUCAUUCCAGUCAACAAGAAUUUGUGGUCCAUCUCUUAUGUUACGACACUCAGUUGCUUCGCUUACAUUCUCCUCUUGCUGAUCUAUUUUCUGGUAGACAUAAAGAAACAUUGGACUGGAGCUCCCUUUUUUUAUCCAGGGAUGAACUCCAUUCUGCUGUACGUUGGACAUGAGGUGUUUGAGCAUUACUUCCCCUUCAAAUGGAAAAUGCUCAAUGACCGUUCACACGGUGAACACUUGGCCCAGAAUCUCCUUGCUACCACCAUCUGGGUUUUUAUUUCUUACAUUCUUUACAAAAAGAAGAUAUUUUGGAAAAUUUGAUCAGGGAUCAAUUUUUUUUUUGGCGAAUUUGUGACGUAGAAGAGUAUAUUUUUCUAUAUGUAUGAAUAAAUGGACAAGAUGUAUUUGCAUUUUGUAUUAAUAGUGGAAACACAAGUCUAUCAGUUUUUAAGUUGUCUAAUGGCCAGUAAACCAAUGAUUGUAUGACCAAUUUCUGUUAAUCUUCAACCAGGCCUACUUAUUGCAAAUCUUCACAACCGAUAUGUGCCAUCGCUGCCAACUGGUCUAUUUGGACUUGUAUAAAAGUGAUGUUCUGAUCAAAGCAUUAAUGCACAAGCUCUCUGCUCCUAUAUUCCCUUGCUAUGCCAAUAUCCUAGAUUUUAUAUGUACUGUAUUCUACCCUAUUCAACGCUUCAUCACUAGUAUUUUGGUUUUGUUUGCUCAUCAACUGCCUAAUCCAGGUUGAAACUUCACUUAAGCAAAUUGGUCACGGUGGGUUUCUAUUUGUGACAUGAACUUUGCAUGUUGAUUAGGAUUCUCUUGUUCACUUCUGUGUGAUGUGGCUGACCUCUUGAUGAAGUUAUGAUAGUGGACUUCUAAUCGUUUAAACCACUUGAAGCAAGGAAGAAUUGGCUAACUUCAAGCUAGCAAUUAAAUUGGGAUGUGUGAAUUUAUAAAGACACAGCUUUCAAAAUUCGUCUCUUUUUGCUUAACAGCUGAGUUUGUGAAGAGCCCAGUGUGAAAUAUUGUAUGCUCAUUCAAGAAUGGGAAAAUGUACUGUUUGAAAAUCUCACUAAAAUGUAACCAUUAAUGUCUUGUGUUAUUUCAGAUAUUAAAUAUUGCUCACUUGGACAAUG